CGGCCGGGAGGCGGGCGCCAGCGCUGACAGCCGGACCGGCGGACGGCGCGCGACCCUCCAUGGCGCCGGCGGGGUUCACGGUGGCGGCCGCCUCCUUCGCUCUGUUCCGGGGGCUGCACCGGGGGCUCAGGCUGGCGCCCGCCCCGCGCCUCGCAGACCCCCAGGACCGCUGGAUGUGGAGGAACAUCUGCGCCUCGCUCGUGCACAGCCUGCUGUCCGGGGCGGGGGCGCUGCUCUGGAUGUCCCAGUACUCCCAUCUGGUCUCGGAUUUCGCCCGCGGCUGCCCCCCCGGGACGGCCGCCCUGGUGUCUCUGUCGGUCGGUUACUUCCUGGCAGAUGCGGUGGAUCUCCUGUGGAAUCAGCCCUUGGGCCCAUCGUGGCACCUGCUCUGUCACCACGCGCUGGCAGUGGGCUGCCUGAGUGUGGCUGUGAUGCCGGGAAGCUGCCUGAGCAUCUCCGUGGUGCCUCUGCUGUUGGAGGUGAACUCGGCCUGCCUGCACUUGCGGAAGCUGCUUCUGCUGGCCGGCCUGCGGUCCUCCCUGCUCUGCUGCCUGGUCAGCUGGGCCACGCUGGCCACCCUGCUGGUCUUCCGCCUGCUGCCCUUGGGAUGGACCAGCCUGCAGCUGCUCCGGCACCACCCCCGCUUCCCCCUCCCCUUCACUGUGCUCUGGGGAGUCGGGCUGCUCGCCAUCACCAUCAUGAGCAUGAAGUUACUCAUCGACCUGCUCAAGUGGCCCCUGGGCCCGAGCCUCGCCCACAAAGAAGGAGACCAGAAGCACCGGGGGACGGGGGAGGGAGGAUUACGCCAGGCCUCCACACAGAGAGGACACCUCCUCCAAGCGGCAGGAUUAGCCCAGACUUGUGAUCUCGGGGACAGGAGGCUAAGAUCAGGAAGGAGCACGGGGUUUAAUCCCCUGGGCCCCAGAUGCACCAGGUGCCGGGGGUUCCUUAGUCCUGGAGUUCGGGGAGCAGAAGCGGGCCUCGGCCCCAUGCUCCUGGGAGGAGAACCUAGGUGCUGGUGUUAACAGCUGAAUUGGGAACAUUAACUGGUGUUUGCCAUUUUUCAUGAGACAGUUUUCCCCGUUGGGCCAACUAGGGACCCAGCAGGGGCUGGAUCUCUACAAUUUGGACACAUAGAUGGACGUAGAAAGGGUCGAGCCAGUUGAAACUGAUGGAGUAAAUGGGGCUUCUUACCCUUCAGCGGCAGUCUGGGUAGGGGGAUAGAAAAGUCAUACCAGUCAGACUCCAUGGCCAUGGAUGGUGAUCCCCUGGCUGCUGUCUAUAAACAGUGGGAAUAGCCAAUAAUCGGGGUAAUCUCAACACAUGGAAUGGUGGGCACCAGGGUCCCAAGAUUGUUGAUUUGUUUUUAGCUGCACUGAUCAUUGUUUGCCCCUGACCCUAAUUCUUCACUCAUUAUCCCUCUGCUCCGUACCCCCUGUGUCCCCCCCCCCCCCCCCCCAUCCCCUUUAAAGAAAAUACAAGAACUCUGAAUCUGGAGCUGAUCUUUCUUGUAACCUGGGCCGUGUGAGAGCAUAGAACCACUCAGAGGCACCCAGAGCCAGGCUCUCUUUUUGAGAAGAGAGGGGAGGAUCCCUUGGACCUAGGGAGGGUUAAGGAACAUCUUUCUUUCAGAAGCUGUGCAGGAGUCCAUCCCUCAUAAAUAUUGUCAAUAUCUUCACUUUUAUUAGGUCAUUUUCCUCCAGGAAAAUGUCCUAGCUUAUGGGAAAUUUCAGCAGUUUCCAGUCACUUCUCUGCUCCAAAUGAAAGAACAGCCCUCCCCCUGGACAGAAUGGAGGGACUAAAAGCUAAACAAAGAGGAAGCGUGAUAGUGGGGGGAAAGCAGAGUGAGAGACAGACACACAUAGAAGGAAGUGAGAAAGAGAUACUACAUACGGUGACAAACCAAAAGAGGGAAAGAGAAGGAGAGUAACAAAAAGAGACUGAAGCAGGAACAGAGAUAGGGAGUCCCAGAUACUGAGGACACCGUUACAGUGAGACCAAAAUGGGAAAACGGGCAGAGACAAAGAGGGAUAGAGAUAGACAAAGGCAGGGAGACAGAGGAGGCAGGAAGAGACAGUGACCAGGAGAUUGGGAGAUGAGAGAUAAGAGGCAUCUGAAGAGAACUGUCAGGAACAAGGGCAAAAAGGGAAAGGGGGAAAUAGAAGAGACAUGGCAGAAACGGCAAAGAAGGUUGCUGCACUAUAAAGGACCGGGCGGGGCAAACACGAUAUGUAAAAACAGGCAGAGAUGGAUGGGAACCUGAAACAGGAGUCAGGUGUAGAUCAAAGAAGCCAACAUAUAGAUGGAGGAAGAAACACCAAGAUGGACCAUAUAACAGGGCAAAGGAGGGGGAGAAUGACUAGGACAACAUAAGCAAAGAGGGAGAUGAAAACAAAGGGGAGUAAAAUGCUGAGAGGCAAAGCUUUGGAGCUGUGGCUCUGGAAGGGCCCAGCGCUGACAAGAGCUGACCCUGAAAUGAUUUACUUGUGUUGUCUCCUGUGGGGCCCCAGACAAACUCUGAGGAAAGUUCAUCAAGGAAUUAUGGGAUUAUUGCCGACAUACAAAACCACAGGGAAGCUGGUCCAGAGAGAUGAAUUAAUGAUUGUCUGUGGUCACACAGCUCUAAAUAGGCAGAAGUGAGACUUGAACCCAUAACUUCCAGGUAAACUUUAUAUUCCUUCUGCCAUAUUGUGAACAGGUAACUAGAGAAGUAGACACAAAGGAAGAAAGCUGUUUCUAUGUAGCUGUGCACCAAAGGCUUAGAUUCUCCUUAAUAACACUGAGCAACAAAUGUCAACCACCUUAUUAAGCAGAAUUUAUUUUUAGCUUUAGGCAAAUGAGAAAUUUGACCAGUGAGAGGUAAGUGCCUCAGUUUCCUCAUCUGCAAAAUGGGUGACAGUUACCUGCCUGCCAAGGAUGUUGUGAGGGCUAAAUACUUAACACAGUACAUGGCACAGAGUCUUGCUGUUCAGUCAUGUCCAAUUCUGUGAGCCCACUUGGGGUUUUCUUGGCAAAUCUCUUGGACCCCUUUGCCUUUUCUUGCUCCAGUACAUUUAAGGCAAACUUCAGUUAAGGUCUCGCACAGGGUCACCCAGUGAAAGUCUAGGCUGGAUUUGAACUCGGGUCUCCUUAACUCACACCCAGUGCUCUGUCCACUGAGCCACCAGGCUGCCUUGACACACAGUUGUUUCCUGAAGAGGACUAUGAUAUCAGGGAAGUGAUGCCAUGACAUGCAAGUGACUUGGAUUGAAGUGAGGGAGGGUCUGCAAGGUCACCUGUCUUUCCCCUCCGGAGCCAUCUGGGUCCGGUGGCCAGGUAUAGAUCUGGGGAGAUGGCCCUCAGCUGUUUGUAAUUAUGAUUUCUCAAAGUGUGGUCUAGGGACACCUGGGUAUCCUUAGAUAUUUUAAGGCAAUGGUUCUCAAAGUAUGGUAUAAAGAA